AGCUCUCGCUGCGAGUGAUUUCGAGAAGGCUCCUGCUUAUUUUGAUGUUGGUUUUCAUUAUUUUCUAAUCCCAUCAUCAUGGAUGUGGUAGAGAUAUGAUAUGGUCUUAUCAACACGUACCUCUGCGUCACCUGUUUCCACUAUCAGUAGGGUGGUGCCGUCCAGACAUGAAUGUAUUUUCCUCACGUGGGUAUGGUGUAUCUUAAAGAGAGAUGAGUUUAUUAAGGAAUGUUAACUCGCUUCGUGCGAGCUUUAACAGGCGAAGAGUGUCUCCACCCAAAGAUGCCGACCCUACUGCAUGUUUUGAAAGUUUCCGUAAACACUGGCAACAAGCUAAUGACAUAAUUGAGCGUACUCAGGCAACUCCAACGUCUUUAACUCAAGAUGAUGUGCUUGGGGUUGACAACCACCUGGACCACAUGUCAACUCUACUGUUGUUGGAAUUAAGAGCAGCAGGGAGUUUUCCUAUUGGCCCUCAUGACACAAACUCUUCCACUGGUUCAGAAUCCAGUGCAUCUUGUCCAUCCCUGGAAUUCCUCCUGAGUGAAAAUCUGUUGGAGAAACUAUUCACCUGGAGUAAAAUCACUGGAAGAUACAGCAAUGCUGUGAGGCUAACACAACUAAAACUCUAUGAACAUCUUGUAAGCCAUUCUCGACACCAAUUGCUUUCUCAUGAACCUUUUCUCAGACCAUUACUAGAGCUUCUUUCUUCAAGUGCAAGGGAAGUAUUUCCUUUGGAAGUUGAAAAGAAGCUUGUUGUUUUAUUGAACCAGCUUUGUAUCUCCUUGAUGCAAAAUGUACAACUUCUAGACUUGUUCUUUUCUGUAGAACAUGGAAAAACAGACUUUAUGUUAUUUUCACUUCUAAUACCAUUUGUUCACCGUGAGGAAGGCAUUGGACAGCAGGCAAGGCAUGCAUUACUUCUCUGCAUGUCGCUGUCAAAGAAAAAUGAACAUGUUGCUCAAUAUAUAACACAGCAUUCUAAUGUCUGUCCAGUAUUAGCCACUGGUCUUAGUGGCCUGUACUCCCUCCUGCCGAGGAAACUCCUUGUGGAAGGUGAUGACUGGCAUCAGCUAACGCCUGAUGAUGUCACUGACCUCCCAGAGCUUGGAGCUUUCAUGAACUCUCUGGAGUUCUGCAAUGCCGUUGUUCAGGAUGCUCACCCAAGUAUUAAAAGCCAGAUGCUGGAAUUUCUCUACCAAGGCUUUCUUGUUCCUGUAAUGGGACCAGCCUUGCUACAGGAAUCUGUUGGACUGUGCGACGAGCAAAUAGACACAGCCCUUGAUGCGAAUACAGUGGAAGAUCUCGUUGCUGCAACGGCAUACUUAGAGCUCUUCCUGCGAAGUGUGUCUGAGCCAGGCCUUCUAUGCUCAUUUGUUCGGUUCCUCUUGGAAAACAAAUUUGACGGGGAGCGUAUUUUAGAUCACUUAGUUCAACGAGUAAAUUCUAAAACAAGGCUUGGCUUAGUAACCCUAUCUUUAUUAGACACAUUAGUUAGCUUACAUUGUGAAGAUGUAAUGCUGGAACUAAUUUUCCGCCAUCUUGUGCCUUGUUCACAUGUUAUGGUUUCACAAAGACGCAGGGUGCGGGAAAGAGAUCCAUAUUGCCGCAAUGCUGAGCGCUUUCUCUCUCUUGCUCCAUUGUGUUGUACUGAUAUUGCGGCAAAUCCUCCCUUAUUGCCCUUGCUAGGUAGCCCUAAUGCAGGAAACCGGCCUAGAUCAUCAUCUUCUUGUGAUUCAAUUUCAUCUCUCCCAACAACUACGAGCUUGUAUGGCUUAAAACACAGUGAAAGUCUCUAUGGAAAUUACCAUGCCUACCUUUGUGAUGCACGGGCCAAAGUUCAAGCAUGUGCUGCUUCUUGUGCCAACUGGGUUUAUCCUUAUGAUGGUGAAACUCCACCGUAUGAAGCAUUUUCAGUACCCUCUCCUGAAAAGAGAGUGGAGUCCACAAGUAGAAAUGACAACAAGCAAGUUUCUUUGAAUGGUGACUCCGAUGUUUCGUCUAGUUUAGAAACAGUUAAUUUACAAGAAUUUUCAUCUCCCCAAAAUCGUUUUGUAAGGCCAAAUGUAAACGAGCUAAGUGAAAACUCUGAAGAAAAUGAUGUCUCAAACUCUCUUAAAGCAGACAAUCUCACCAUUAACCGUGAAGAAAAAUCUCAAUCAUCUUCAGGAAAUGACCACAGCUUACCUUCAGUUGGUGAAAGCAGUGGAUAUGAGAGCUUUGCUUUUAAAGGCUCAUCAGAUUCAUCUCCAGAAAAUGAACCUUCUGAUGACACAGCUGGAACAUUAGAUGAUGGCAUACCUCCAUCUUUAUCUGAAAAUGAAGUAUCUAAAUCUUCUACACCUCAGGUUCCAGUCUUGAGAAGUUUACCGGAUACCAAGAGUGUACAUGAGGGUUCAUAUAUGGAUGCAUUCAAGAGCACUCCAAGUAUUGGCCCCUUUCUAGAUGCUGUUCUUCGAAAAUUAGAAGGCAUGCUUGAAAAUGGACUUGUUGUCAAUUUACAACUUACAGGGCUCAUAUCUCGUCUUGCAGUACAUCCUCAGCCUCUACUGCGUUCAUUUCUGCUUGAUCAUACUCUUGUCACACAGCCAAGCGUUCGAUCCCUCUUCCAGGUAUUGGGUACUUUGAAGCACCGCAUUGACAGAGUUCUUUCCUCAUUACCAAAUAUUCAAGAGCUAGUUGUUGAAGCUCAAGAAUACCUUGUUGGAAGAGAAGAUAGACUAACAAACGCACGAAGGUUGGCUCUUGUAGCAUCUGCUCCCGGCGGAGACAUAGAGUUCACUUCUUUGCCUCCCAACCUUAAUCAUAGAAAUUCUCUGACAAAUGAUCCCUUUCCAAGAGUGGAUAGCAAACGGAGAAGUUUCUCAUCAACGUUGACCUCCGUUUUCCGAAGAGCUGUGCAAGUAGCACAGCCUAUUAGGGAACAACUGGAAAGUGUUGGAGAGACUGGUUCAUACAGGUAUUAUCAUCGAGCCAUAACAGAUUCAGGUCAAAAUAACAGUGAUCGAGAACAUUAUGUUCGUAAUGCAGUUCUUUGCGCUGUUAUUUUAGAUGAGUGGUUGAAAGAACUUGCAGCGGUGGCUCAGGAGCACUCUGUGCUUCAAAGUAAUGGUUGGCCAUGCUAAAUUAGAGGCAAAAUGUUUGAUGUAUUGGUAUGCUGCUUUUUACCAAUAGAAAAUUAGGCUAGUUCAUUGCCUUUCUUUUAUUAACUUAGACAUUGUUUUGGUGUUUUUCUUCUGUUCUUUUCUGUGCAUUUUUUUAUCUGAUGCUUUCUUUCUGUUCUAAAUCUUGCGGUGUUGAGGCAUAAUAUCUUCUUACCGGUGUGCUUAGAAGCAGCUGCACAAAAUUAAAGUAUAAUUAUUCUCUUCUUUAUUAGCAGUUAAUAUGCGUUUUUAUUGUUAGUGAUCGUUCUUUUGCUCACAGAUUAAGUUAAACUUUUAUGUGAUUUUGUGACUUGCGCACAAGUAUUGCUGUCUCUCAUUGAAGAGUAAAAUUUAUUUUUAUAACAAAUCAAAAUAACUUCCUGUGAAAUUCUUUUAUUUUUAUCUGUCUUCCUGUUGACCAUGAGCAGUGAUUUUGUACCUGGAUCUUCCUUGCAUACUAGAGCAAGGCUUCACAAGUGAAAAGUAUUGAAGGUUCCUGUGAAUUGUUAUGUCUUGGGAUGGCUCUAUGACGUGUAACUUAUGUGUUCUGCAUGCAGGAUGUUACUGGAAGUUUCUUGUCACCUAUAAUCUGUAUAGAGUCAGUUUAUUUACGUACUUUGUGCCACUGUAUUUCGUCUUCUUCUUGUAUCAGCACUUAGACUGAGCUGCUGUUAUUUCGACCACAAAUCAAUUUGUUUCUGUUUUUUGUUUUGUUUUUAAACUGUAUUUUUAACAAACAUAACCACAGAAAUAAGGCAAGACACAAACUACGUCUUAAAUUGAAAAAUGCAAUGCAACUUCCGGACCCCCCAAUUACAUAUAGUGUUAAUUUGUUGUCUUAAGGAUGUGUUGGUACUUUGCCCAUUGUGAUCUAAUCUAGAUAUGUUAAACAGUUACCUUUCGUGUUCCCAUAGUUGUGUACAUAAUUAUAAAAUAUUUUAUGAAUGUUUUCUCUAUGAAGCAAGAUUUUGUAACAUGUGUGAAGUGAACUUGACUUACUUUUUUAUUAUUUACUUUGCUUGUCAUGAAAUUUGACCAUCUUACCUUGUCCAACUCUGAUUUAUUGUUGAUUGUGGGUCAAGGGAGUGAUAUGUGUCCCGGUGUCCUUAUGAUCCAAGGAGCGUACUCACUUUUUGUCUGAAUACCAAAUACCUGAUGUUGGCAGUAAUACUUUUUGCCUACAUAGAUUCUUCAUUGUUUUAAAGUUCUCUAUGUAGUUGUCACCUCCUGCUUCUUUGGACGAAGUAUGAUCAAACAUAGACAUCUACACACAUUGGCACUGCAAUAUUUUAGUGCCAUCAUAAACACAAUUAAUUUCUUCUUGCUGAUUUGUGUUUUCAGAAAAUUCGUCUCCCUCUUUUGUUUUCUUAUAUUUGUGUCUAGGAACAUAACUGAAUGAAGCCUCUACUUUACUUGCUAAGAAUUUUUCUAUGCCUAUAGUCAUCAAUUGAUUUGAUGGAUUAGAGUAUUCUGCAUAGCUUUUAAUCGUCUCGAAUCUUCUUUGUGUUAUAUUUUUCUCUUAAGAAGCUGCUAUAUAUAUCUGCUUAUUACUUUCUGAGGGGUGCAUCAAAGUUUUUAUUUUUUAACUUUUGUACAUACUAUGCAUAUUUGCAAAAACGUUUAUUUGCUGUGUUGUAAACUUUGUAAUUUUCUGGUUUUAAGUUGAGGGAAUUAGUUACGAGGUCUGCAAAUCUAUCAUGUGACUUAACGUUGUUAAAUUAAUUUUAUUGUCGGUAAUUAUUACAUUUUAAGUCCUGUUCGUUCGCCCUGAGAACAAAGUGAUACAUUACCUGCUCCCUUUAUGUCCUGUUCAUUUAUAUGUGACUUGCAAGCUGUCGUUUCAAGUUGCAGUGUACCCCUAUUUCGCAGAAGAAAAAAUAAAUUUAAUUUUUCUGCAGGACUGGAA